AUGCCUAAUCAUCUCUGUCUCUCCCUCUCCCCCUCACGCUCUUUGGCUUAUUUCUCUUUCUUUGUUUUUGUGUAUUUCCUUUUAUUUGGUAUUUGCUUUUCUUUCUCCCUUUCUCCCACUCUCAUUUCUUUCUUUCUUUCUUUCUUUCUUUCUUUUUUUUCUUUCUUUCUUUCUUUCUUUCUAUCGCUUAAUUUAGUAAGAGUCAUUCGUUCUUCUGAGUCUUAUUUUUUUUAUCAGGCUUACUCUGUUUAUAUUCACAUUUAUAUCUAUAUCAUUCUCUUUCUUUCUUUCUUUCUUUCUUUCUUUCUUUCUUCUAGAAGAAUUUUCUUUGUUUUUUGUUUCUUCUUAAUCGAUUUUUAUGUAUCAUUUUCAAUCUGUUUAUAUCUUACAAUCUCUCUAUUCCAUUCUCUUUCUUUCUUUCUUUCUUUCCUUCUUUCUUUCUUUCUUUCUUCUACAUUGUUUUCCUCAGUUCUACAGAUAUUUUUCUUUCCUUCUUUCUUUCUUUCUUUCUUUCUUUUUUCUACAUUGUUUUCCUCAGUUCUACAGAUAUUCUUUCUUUCUUUCUUUCUUUCUUUCUUUCUUUCUUUCUUUCUAUGCUUUUUCUCUAAAUUUUUGAAUUUUUUCUGUGUUUCUUUCUUUCUUUCUUUCUUUCUUUCUUUCUUUCUUUCUUUCUUUCGUUGCUGUCGUCAUACCAUUUUUGCAUUUUCAUUUUAUUAA